AAGUGGCACGUUCAUUAACUCCUACCGAUUCUUCUUCAACCAAUCGUAUUUUGCGGAAAGCCAUCAAUAUGACAACACGAAUGAUGGUGAGAGGGCCGAGUGGAGUGCCAGUUACAAUAGCAAUGAAACUAGUACCUGUGCUCCUAGCGGCUAUUCGGCGACAGUGGUCGGUGUGCGAUGGGUGAAGGGGGUUGCCGUACUGCAGCCUCCUUUAUUUAAGCAUCAUACAAGUGGCACCCUUGCGAUUCCUCUUUGUUUUAUGGAAAUAACAGAAUCCGGUGGCUCUCCUGUGGCACACUGGCACACGAUUUACGUGCAGUAUCUUUUUGUCUUUCCAUUUCAUUAUCAACAGCGUUGUACGCUUGAGGUUGUUCGUUCACUUUCUUCAUUGGGUCGUUUGGCGACAAAAAAACUUGUUGGCCAUCGUGGACUUGGAAAAACCUACACACGUAGUAUUCCUAUCGAGGCAUCGGAUGAAGCCUCUUCCUCGUCAACGGCACCUAAGCGUAUGAAACCAAAUCGACUUACCGUGAAACUUGCGGAGAAUAGUCUGGAGUCGAUCAAUGCGGCUCAUCGACGUGGCUGCGAUAUGGUGGAGUUUGACGUCAUGCUCACACGGGAUCGCAUCCCUGUCAUAUUUCACGACCCGCUUAUUCAACUGCAGGCAAGUAAGAAGAGGGGUGCCGGAACCCGUAAUGGCCGUGUGGAGCGAAAAGUAUCAAGCAGUCUCCCUCCCUUGGAUUUUGGCUGCAGUCCCGUAUUUAUGGAUAAUUUACCCUUAAACCCCCAAAUGCAACUGUCGGCUCAUUCUCCUGCCUUUUUGGCGUCCGCUUCGCCUUCUUUUGCGACGUUUUCUGAACGAAGACCCUCGCAGUUGCUUCAGCUUUGCAUGCAUUCCCUCCCCAACUUCACUUCCGUGCCUAUUGCCUUGCAUCAAUUGACAAAGCGUCAAUUGGAUGUGGUGACAACAGAGACUUUUACACACAUGAAGGAUACAAACACCUUGCGUAAUUUGAUUUUACGACAUUGGAAUCAAAUCCUUCGCGUCUACCGCAAUCGUACACGACGAAAAUAUUUACAGAUAAAUAAGAUUCGACCUCCAGAAGGGGAAAAUGAGUUUAGUGGUUGUUUGCCAAAUGAAUUAGAUGCCUCUUGCCAUGAGCACCAGAAGGAUGACGAUUACAAUAAAUUUCUUCAUCAUCGGCAACGGAUUUUGGCUCAGCAGGAGGACGUCACGAAUCAUAUUUGUACACUGGAAGAUCUUUUUGAAGGUACCCCGGCGAGUCUACGUUUUGAUCUUGAGGUAAAGUUUCCCUUUCAACCCAUUGGGGAUAAAAAUUUAUUUUUGCAAAUUGAUGCCUUUGAGGUAAAUGCAUUUGUAGAUGACAUUUUGCGCGUUGUUUUUGCCUACGCGGAUCAGCGGCAAAGUGUUCAGGAUGAACGGGGUUGUGUGACAGACCGGCCCCGUGAUGUUAUUUUCAGUAGUUUUGAACCGGAUAUUUGUUUGGCGUUAAAAAUGAAACAAAGUCGUUUUGAUGUUGUGUUUUUAUGCGAUACGGAGAUGUCGGAAGACUUUAAGGAUUACCGUUGUUUUGGACUUGUAGAAGGGGCACUGCAAUUUUCUGUCUUUAUGCAUCUUUCGGGAGUUUCUAUCCUUGCUGCGUCGUUAUGUACAAAGGAACAGAUGAAAAUUCCUAGUACCCGUAUUGUUUCCCGUUUACCACGGCAACCUACAUCUUUGCAGGUUGAGAUUCAGCAGCAAGACCGGCAUCAAAAAGACACAAUGGACCUUCGAAAUGGAAAUUAUGAUUCUCAUAUAAAUACCCAUACCGUUGACGAUGUUACCGACGACCGUAAUAGUAAUCUUGAUCAACGUGAGGUAGAGUGGGCUUCGUUUGAUUGUUCCCGCGGCAAAGCCAUUGCCGCAUAUGCGCAUGCUCAUAAACAACUUAUAUGGACUUGGGGUGAAAUGAAUAAUGAUGGACAAUUUACAUAUGUGCAGUCAAAGGUAUUUAAAAUUGAUGCUAUUAUCACCGACAAUGUACCAUUAUGGACUGCCUUACAAGAAGUAGACACACCUGACACCACAGUUUCCACAUGA